AUUAGCCAGACAAACCGUAAGGAAAUUGAGCUCUCACAGUACAACAACCCUCCCUCUCAGCUUUUUCCAUUCCAUUCACAAGUGUCUUAAAUCCCUUCACCAUAUUGGAUUGACGUUAGGUCUCCUUAGUCAAUCAUCUUGAAAUGACCUAGUUCCUGUAUGUGUUGGUAGCACCCAACAGCCUGACUUCCUGAGUAGAGAUGGGCAGCGCAGGAGGCAGGCGAGGAAGGCGUGGCAAGCUACAUGCUUGCACCUGUGGGGGGUGAUACAGAGGAGUGGGACAGAGGCUCUGGGAGAGGAGGGGACAUCUCACCUCCUCAGGACAGUUCUAGACUGGGAGGUAGAGCAGGGCCUCCAGGCACUAGGAGCCAAGUCCCCUCCAGAGGAACACUGCCACUGCUAUAAGAGGGUCAUCCCUGACCUCCACUACAGCCUGAGGAACGAACACGCUGCCCACUACAUCGACCUGCUGAGAGGUCGACCGCAGGUCAACCACACCCUGAAUGCAGCACACCAGGGCUUCAUGGAUCGCGUUCACAAAAAGUUGCGCCACACCAACAUCUAUGAGCGUAACGUGGACUGGGGAAGGAAGGGCCUGAACCCCAAACACAACCGAUCCCAACAGUUCUACACAGAACACAUCUCCUCUCACUUCCAGAGGACUGUCAUCAACUCUCUGAACAAAGUCAUGAAGGGGAACAAAGCCAAAGGCUCCUUUGACAUCAGAAGGAGAGAAGCAUCUAGAAUGAGGAUACAGGAGGAGAUCCAUCGCCAUGUUAACCAUGGACACACUCUGGAAAAGCACCAUGUGUUGAGAGAUGGCUUCCUGGUUGAGAUGAGGAGGGCUGUGGAGGAGGGGUCUUCUCUCAGGCCUAUCCUCCUCCUGGGUCCCCCUGGCUGGGGCAAAAGCACCACCAUGGCCAGACUGGCACACCUCGCCCCCUCCUGGAUUACUGGAGCUCUGAAGGUGCUGGUGUGUUUCGUGGGCCUGACGGGCGAGAGCAGGAAUGUGCGUCUGGUUCUCCAGAACCUGUGUGUUCAGCUGGCUGAGACCUACAGCCAUCACACUGAACUCUCUGAGGGUCUCCCUCAGUUGAUGAAUGAGUUCCACUCACUGCUGGGUCAGGUGAGACCGGACAGACCCGUAAUCCUUGUGCUGGACGGGAUAGAUGCUCUUUCUGAGGAGCACGGAGCAGACGUUUCCUGGCUGUCUACACUUCUCCCCCCACACGUCCACCUCAUCCUGUCUGCCACCACAGACUCUGCCUGCGCCCACACCCUGCAGAAGUCAGCCCAGCCCACUGUCCUGUCCCUACCACCCCUCAGUCCUGAUGACAUCACUAAGGCUCUAGAACAUCAACUCCAGACUGACCACCGCAGGCUCCAGGACUGGCAGUGGCAGCUUCUCCUCCAGGCCUGCCUUUCCUGUCCCUCCCCUCUCUACCUGGAAGCUGUCUAUGCUGAGUCCGUCCUCUGGAGCUCCUUCUCCCCCCAGGGCAGCCUAAGCCUCCCACCCGACCUGGGAGGGCUCUACGUAGGCCUGCUGGCUUGCUUGGAGAGGGCCCACGGGGAGCAGCUGGUGAGACGGGCCGCCGCGGUUAUAUCACUCUCCAGAGGGGGCGCCACGGAAGAGGAACUACUGGAUCUGCUGGGGAGAGAUGAGAAGGUUCUACAGGAAGUAUCGCUCUCCCAUUCAUCCUCCACUUCCUCCUCCAGCCUUCCCAGGGUGCCGUGCGUGCUGUGGGCGCGGCUGAGACGAGACCUUGGGAGUCACCUGACGGAGGCGGAGACAGACGGGACGUGGGUCUACCGCUGGACCCACUCCGAGCUGGGUAGGGUGUGUGUGAAACGAUACCUCAAAACGGACGAUUCCCGCAUGCUUCUACACGCACACUAUGCAGACUACUUCCGGGGUACGGAUAGCCAACACAGAAACAUAUUUCAGCCGCUGGCGUGGACACUGGAGGAGGGCUCGACGAAAAGUUAUGUGUUUAACCUCAGAAAGCUCCAUGGCCUGCCCUACCACCUGGUUCGGUCAGGCCAGAUACAGGCCUUCCUGUCUGAGUGUGUGUUUAACUAUGAGUUCCUGCUGCACAAGGCCUGGGGUCUGUCUGUGCUCCAUAUACAAGAGGACCUGAAGGGCGUCGUGCUGCCAGAGAAGGAGUCGGUAGAUAUGGAGGUGUUGGCUGCUACUCUGGAGCUCUCCAGGACCGUGCUGCUCCAGGACCCCUGCCAGCUGGCCUCCCAGGUUAUGGGCCGUCUGGGACAGAUAGUUGCUGAAGACCUCCCCGUGGCUCCAGGUGACCCACAGAAGUUUAGCUACCUGCAUGCCCUGCUGGCCCAGUGUGCCCGUUCCUCUCUGCCAGUCCUGGUGCCCUCCUACAGCUUUCUGGUGCCCCCAGGAGAGAUCCCACACACCCUGCUGGCAGGCCACACGUCCAUAGUAACGGCCCUGACCAGGGGACAGAGGGGUCUGGUGGCAGCCACCUGCGAUGGGGACGGCACCCUGAAGGUGUGGGACCUGGAGCUGGGGCACGCCGUGAGGACUCUGGAGGGGUUGGGGGGCGUGGUGGGCGACUCCCUCACUCUCUGUCUGGAGGACAGGGUCCUGGUGGUUCGCAUGGGACAGAAUCUGCAGGUCAGAGAGGUGGAUUCUGGGAAAGUGAUCUACUCCGAGAGUGACUCUUUGGACGUUCCUGUGGUAACCACCGCCUGUGACGGACAGCUGCUGGUAGCCUUCUAUGAUGGAAGUCACCUGGUGAAGGUGUUCGACCUGGUCUCGUCCUGCUCUCUACUGUGCUGUGUCAACAUUACCCUGGACUGUGACCCCAUCCAUAAAGACCAUUCCGUACUGGUCUCCCACAACUCCAUCAAAGACUAUGUCCUUUUCGCCUACAGGUCUGGAGGUCAGGCAGCGGUGCUUAGUGCCAGAGGGGGGGCUGUGUUGUCUGUCCUCAGAGCCCAGCAUGGUGCUGCCUCCAUACAAGCAGUAGAGAUGACCAAUCAGUACCUACUGCUAUUCUGCAGGUACCCUUACAAGCGGGACAGUGAGAUCAUUCAUAUUGAGCUGUACAGCACAGCCAGUUUCCAGUACCAGCGCUCCAUCCUGGGCUGCAGCCAGGACUACAUCUCCCAGGUCACUGUCAACCGGAUGGGGACGCACGCCGUGGCCUUCUGCCCCUCCCCCCGCACCGGCAUCACGCAGGUCGUGACAUGGAACCUGGAGACAGAGGACCACAAACACAUCGCCCGCUUCCCCGGGAUACUGACUGCAGGUGUGUGCUUGGAACUACGGUUCUGUGUGGGGGUGUGCAGUGGGGAGAGGUACCCAAGGCUGUGGGACCUGUCCUCCAGGGUCAACGACCAGACCCUCACCUACAAUGUCCACAAGGUGAAGAGCGACGGCACAGAAGAGGUCAUCCUCAUGGGGAAACACCCACGCUACGCGGUGUGCAAGUCCCUACGGCCUGGCACGGUACGGGUCUGGAACCUGGCCAGAUCAAGGUUCACAGGUCGGCCAGUCAGAGUGGAGCACGGUCUCUAUGGCAACACCGACGUGGCCUUGGCCCACGACCUGAAGCUGUACAUCCUGACAGACAGAGGGACGGCCACCUUCACAGACACCCCCUCACCCAUAUUCCAGACUCUACUGAUCUAUGACCUGAUCAAGAGAAGCUACGUGAGGAGACAGUCUGGUCUCUACAUUGUCCCCUGUCCCCAACACGAAUACAGGCUCCUGGAGGGACAGCUACUCCUGGGUUUGUCUGAGACGAGGAACCAUCUGAUUUUGUGGGACCUGGAGUCUGGGUAUAUCAAAGGGAGGAUGAAAGCAUCACACACAGAGUCUCUCCUGUCCAGCAGCACCGUCAGAGACAGACAGUCCCAGAUACCACCAAAUGAGACCACAGCUCUAGUGAUGCCCUGGGACAGACGGACAGAGAGCCACUCUGCUAAGUGUAGGAGGCUGGAGAAGGAGGAUCAGAGGGAGAAGGAGGAGCAGCGCAGUCUGGACAGGGAGAAAUACAACUCCAUAGACCAGUACCUUCUCAGUGGGGACCAACAGGUGGUGGUGUGUUCCUAUUUCUCCCACCACCUCAACGUUUUCAGCGUGGGGUCCCAGGACCACCUCCACACCCUGGAGGACAGGACAUCCCUGCUGAUCCUCCACACCGCCGCCCUCACCCACCUCGGGGGACACCUGGUGCUGGCCAACUACUGCCAAGCUCAGCAUAUACCCUACCUCACCCUCUGGGACCUUCAGAAAGGCACGGUGAGGAAAAGAUUGAAGAACGAGCCAGGAGUCUGUUGUGUGGCUAUCACAGAUGAUGCCAGCAGAGUCGCCUUUGGGGUCAGCGGAUGUAACAAGCUUAAAGUGUGGGAUCCCUUCAGGAGGAAUCACAAGACUAUCUCUGGCUAUGCCAGCCUGAGGCUAGGAGGGUCCAACCAGCUUUAUAUCACUGAGGGAGGAGCCAAAGCCAUUCUACUAGCAGGUGAGCUGAGCCUAUGGGACCUGGAGGCCUGCAACGUCCUGUCUGUCCUUUCCCCUGAUGCCCAUGUCCAGUGUCUGACCCCCCUUGGAGGAGACAACAGUAGCACCCUACUGUUGGGCCUUAGCCACAGCCCUGCCCUCAUCGCCGUCAGGCUGACGUCACAAUCACAGGGGGUCGCCGUGGGAACCAGCUCCAGGGACGAAGACGUGUUCGCAGAAUCCAGUAGCAGCGAGGAUGAAGACGAAAAGGACAGUCAGACACAUGUAGGACUGGAGUAGAGUUUGUUCAGGAACUUCAUAUGAGUAUUUGGAAAUAUCCUGACUUACUGAGACACCAGUCUUCGAACAGGAUGACCUGAUAAGUAGAAGAAUGAAUUUGAAAAUGUAUAUAAGAAAAGACAAGGAUUGGUCUCUGAUCUGCAAUAACUGUUUUAAUGGAUAUAAAAUAAAUGUUACAUGCUAUUACACUAGUUUGUCAAAGAAUAUGUAGAAUGUCUUCACAAACAUGAAAUACCAUUAUGAUAUUAUGAUCAUUAUAUAGCAAAUCAAAGUGCUGCACCUGAGG